CACUAUCAGAUGCUUAGAUAUCCUAGAGAAAUCCAAAAAAAGAAAUUAGACGAAAUGCGGGGAGGUAUGCGUGCCACUCGCACAUCACUACCGCUCCUCCCCUGUUUUCACAUGACGUGGCCGCAACGCCGCCUGUGCCCUCGAACCACUUCGACGACCACGGCCGCGGUGGGGCCGAGGGCCCCGCUCCCCCAACCUUUUUAUUCGGCCCCACCUGUCAGCGGGCGUCCCUAGGUGCUCAGUCAGCACCCAGCGCCGCCGCCGCCGCCGCCGAGCACGCCUCUGCCCUUGGCUUAUUUGGCUUCUUCCUUCCCUCUGAUGGCGGCCAACUACGGGAAGGCGCCCCUCUCCCUCUCUCUCGUCUCGCUCUUCUAAAUUGGGUUGGGUUGGCUCGCCUCUCUCUCCUCACCGAGGACGCAGGAGGGAGGGAGAGCGAGAAGGGAGGCAGGCCCCGCCGCGACGGAGAAGUUGAAUAUCUGAUAUGGAUGAAGCAAUGGGAAGGCGAACAGUCAGUGGCCUUCUUGUCACCAGAGGAGGCUCAAUUCUUCUCUUCAGGGAGGAAAGCCCGCGCCACAAGUCCACUGCAUGUUGUACACGCCUUGGAUGCAGCAGUAAGCUUUUCCCGAGCAAAGACAGGAAGAUGCGCAAGACAUCGAAGGAGACAACAACUUCUCAGAUAUCACAAGAGUUGAGGAAAUCCAACAGGAUGUCCCCUCAAGGAAGUAUUUCUUAUGAUAGAAGCUCCUGCAGGAAUGCAACAAGUACUUUUGAUGAGACUGACAGCAGACCAAGAAGAAAAGAAAAUGCCGGACGUGAUCUACUAGCCCGAUUAAAAGAAAGGGUCAAUUCAUCAAGGAAGCACUCAUUGAGUGGAGGUAGUAGUCCUUGCCUAUCAUCACAACAUACAUCCAACUCUGGCUCCACAAGCAGUAGCCGAUCAAUUUCAAGAUCGAUAUGUCGGCAAGCUUCGAGAAUGAGAAAGGAUGAAGGGAGGAUUACAGAAGCUGUUAGGACCCAUAGAGCCAGAGAUAGCAGUGGAAGAACUAGGGAAGAUGUGCUGACAAGAAACUCCAACCAAGAUCCUUCAGGCAGGUUUCUUUCUCGAAGCUUGCUCAGACACAGGAGUGGACUUCGGAGAGGUCCAAUAUCUUCAUUGGAGGACAGUUUGGAUAGUUCCAAUGACUGGCGUUUUGAUAUGGAUGAAAGUGAAGAGGUUGAAGAUUACUAUGUCUUCAAUGAUCGGCAUAGGGGAAUGAGAAUGGACAUUGAUGACAUGUCUUAUGAGGAAUUGCUUGCUCUUGGGGAGAGAAUCGGUACUGUAAGCACCGGCCUUUCAGAUGGUGCACUUUCUGAGUGUUUGAAGAGAAGUUUCUAUGUGCCCACAGAUUCAACAAGCCAUGAGGAUGGUGAUCUCAAAUGCAUCAUAUGUCAGGAGGAGUACUUUUCUGGUGUGGAGGUGGCCAAGAUGGCAUGCAAGCACUAUUAUCAUGUCACUUGCAUCCAACAGUGGCUUCGGCAAAAGAACUGGUGCCCAAUCUGUAAAUCGGUCGCUUCUGCUGUCAGCACAUAGUGUUUUGUUCAGAAACAAAGAAACAUAUAGAUUUAUUAUAUUGGCAUAGGACUACACUACAUUUUUGUUUUAGACUACACUGCAUUUUUGUUUUAGAAUGAAUUAUUCAUUUCAAUCCCAAACUGCACUUCAUCUCAUUCAAUUCACACCCCACAGCCAAAGCAAGCUAAAUGAAGCAGGGAAAUUAUUCUCAGUUUUGAUACUGAAGAACUGAAGUCUGUUGAACUCGGUUUUUUUCCAUCUUGUAUAGAAACAAGAACGCUUCACUAUCAGUGCAAUUUCUGUCAGCCAUUUUGCAUGUUUUAUUA